UCCCGUUAAAUAAGAUUAGGUUCCUUUCAAUCGAAGGACGGGAAAUGGCGAAGCCCUCCUCCUCCUCCUCCGAUUCUCUUCGAGAAUCUAUUAACGCGUUACUCUCUCCCACAGCGGAGAUCUCGAAGGACCUCUCUCCCGAACUCGUUGACCGACUUCUGAUUUUCCUCUCCAACGUCGGCGUCUCCAACCCUAUCCCCGAUCACUGCAACACCAAAGGUUUCUUAUCCGACGUCAUCUCCGCCGUGCUCAAACCCCUCACUAUUUCACGCGGUCAGCUCACCUGCCUCCUCACCGUCAAGCCCGUCAUCAGUAACUUCUAUGCAACACUUCAUGGAGGAGCUCUUGCAGCUGUAGCCGAGACGAUCUCCAUAGUUUGUGCUAAAACGGUUGUAGGUGACGACAAGGAAAUCUUUCUUGGUGAACAGAGCUUUUCUUAUCUCUCUGGUGCUUCAAUCGAUGCAGAGGUAAUUGCUGAUGCAAAAGUGGUGAGAAGUGGAAGGAAUUUGACUGUAGUGUCAAUUGAUUUUAAAUUAAAGAAAACCCAGAAGCUGGUGUAUACAGCUCGUGCUACCUUCUAUAACAUGCCUGUUUCUAAGUUAUGAUAUUCCUUCGUCCAGAAAUGUAGGUAUCAUGUUUCUGUAACAAGCAAAUACGUCUAUAAGAUUUUGCCGUGGUGAUUCUCACGGUUAAGAACCA